GGCCGUUGGCGAGCAUGCUCCCUGAGUGCCCCGCACCAACAUGGCGGUCGUCUGCUCUGGGGUGACUUUAAUUCUCAGUUUUCGGUUAUAGCCGGCCAGUGCCCAUUUCUCUUCAGAGUCCUCUGCGCCCACGGUGGAGCAGGGGAAAGUAAGGGUGGGUUCGGGGGUGAAAGGUGAGAGGGGACUGGAGGCUUCCGGGCUAGCUUCUGGCAAAAGGAAGAUGGCUGAGGGUGAGCGGCAGCCGCCGACAGAUUCUUCAGAGGAGAUCCCUACAGCUGCUCAGAACUUCAUCAUUCCAAAAAAGGAGAUUCAUACAGUUCCAGACAUGGGUAAAUGGAAGCGUUCUCAGGCUAUUGAGAAACUGGUUGCUCUUCUCAACACACUGGACAGGUGGAUUGAUGAGACCCCUCCAGUGGACCAGCCCUCUCGAUUUGGGAACAAGGCCUACAGGACCUGGUAUGCCAAACUUGAUGAGGAGGCAGAAAACUUGGUGGCCACAGUGGUCCCCACCCAUCUGGCAGCUGCAGUGCCUGAAGUGGCUGUUUACCUAAAGGAGUCAGUGGGGAACUCCACGCGCAUCGACUAUGGCACAGGGCAUGAAGCAGCUUUUGCUGCUUUCCUGUGCUGUCUCUGCAAGAUUGGGGUGCUCCGGGUAGAUGACCAAAUAGCCAUUGUCUUCAAAGUGUUCAAUCGGUACCUUGAGGUUAUGCGAAAGCUCCAGAAGACAUACAGGAUGGAGCCAGCCGGCAGCCAGGGAGUGUGGGGCCUGGAUGACUUCCAGUUUCUGCCCUUCAUCUGGGGUAGCUCUCAGCUGAUAGACCACCCGUAUCUGGAGCCCAGGCACUUUGUGGAUGAAAAGGCUGUGAAUGAGAACCACAAGGACUACAUGUUCCUGGAGUGUAUCCUGUUUAUUACUGAGAUGAAGACGGGUCCCUUUGCUGAACACUCCAACCAGUUGUGGAACAUCAGUGCUGUCCCCUCCUGGUCCAAAGUGAACCAGGGUCUCAUCCGCAUGUAUAAGGCCGAGUGCCUGGAGAAGUUCCCGGUGAUCCAGCACUUCAAGUUCGGGAGCCUGCUGCCCAUCCAGCCAGUCACGUCGUGCUAGGAGGGCCUCGCAGCCAGAGCCACCAGGCUGCCCUCCCCACCCAGCUGUGGACCCUUCCUUGCCCCUCCCCUCUGUUCUCUCUGUUAGACUGUUUACUG